GCCGGCGGCGGGCGCGUGCGCGGCCCGAUGAAGAAGGAGGUUUCCAAGCAGUCUCCGCCCAAGUUGAUCGGUGGGUGCGCGCCCCCGCGCGGGGCACCGGUUGCUGUGGACGCAGUGGCGGCCGUUGGCUGGCGGGUGCGGCGCAGCCUUGGUGUCUCUGGGCCGGCGGUGCAGGGCAACGCUUCAUGGUGCCGGGCGGCACCAUGAAGUCUCUAAAGAAGGAUUCCCGCCUCAGAAUAACUCCAACCAGAUUAUUAGAGGCCUCAGAGAGCGUCAAAGAAAAGAAGCGGGCAAAGGGACCUGAACAACCCACACCCACAAUUCAGGAAGAGCCUGAACCUGUUAGCAGUGUCCUACAAGGAGAUGACAUUCUUGCCUUGGCCAUUAAGAAGGAAGACUUGAAGGAGCAACACAUUCCUCGCCUUACUGAAAAGGAAGAUAAACGUGUCAUUACCCAGAAAUUUAUCAUCCGUAAACUCAAACCCACGGAUCCUAGGAGGAAGGUCUGCCACCUUGUAGCACGUCCCGUGAAUCCUGAUGCAGCCACAAAACCUCUGGACUACUCUGGUACACCCAGUCUCAGCCCUGGCUUCACUGUCUUUCAACUCAUGGGUCCCGGUGACAGCUUCGAUGGCAGUGACCAGAUCCUGCCCCACCACAUCUUGGGGAGUCUCCAGGACUUUAAGAGAAUUGCACUUGCUCGAGGGAACACCCAGCUGGCUGAGCGGAUACCUACCUCACCCUGUCUGAUGACCCUCAUCUCUGCUGAAGGAGAGUCAAAGCAAAAAGCCCCAAAAGAAGAGAAGAGACCUCCCUGGGCCCCACCUCCUCAGCACAACUUUCUGAAAAACUGGCAGCGUAACACAGCCCUGCGGAAGAAGCAGCAGGAAGCCCUCAGCGAACACCUAAAGAAGCCAGUCAGUGAGCUGCUCAUGCACACUGGGGAGACCUACAGACGGAUCCAGGAGGAGCGGGAGCUCAUUGACUGCACACUUCCAACCCGGCGUGAUAGGAAAAGCUGGGAGAACAGUGGGUUCUGGAGUCGACUGGAAUACUUGGGAGAUGAGAUGACAGGUCUGGUCAUGACCAAGACAAAAACUCAGCGUGGCCUCAUGGAGCCCAUCACUCACAUCAGGAAGCCCCACUCCAUCCGGGUGGAGACAGGAUUACCAGCCCAGAGGGAUGCUUCGUACCGCUACACCUGGGAUCGGAGUCUGUUUCUGAUCUACCGACGCAAGGAGCUGCAGAGAAUCAUGGAAGAGCUGGAUUUCAGCCAGCAGGAUAUUGAUGGCCUGGAGGUGGUAGGCAAAGGGCGGCCCUUCUCGGCUGUUACUGUGGAAGACUACACAGUGUUUGAAAGAAGUCAGGGAAGCUCCUCUGAAGAGACAACAUACUUAGGCACACUGGCCAUUUCCUGUGAUGUCUCCAUGCCUAUUCUCGGCCCUUCUCUGCUGUUCUGUGGGAAGCCAGCUUGCUGGAUCAGAGGCAGUAAUCCACAGGACAAGAGGCAGGUUGGGAUUGCUGCUCACUUGACCUUUGAAACCCUGGAAGGUGAGAAAACCUCCUCAGAACUGAGUGUGGUCAAUAAUGGCACUGUGGCCAUUUGGUAUGACUGGCGACGGCAGCACCAGCCGGACACUUUCCAAGACCUUAAGAAGAACAGGAUGCAGCGAUUUUACUUUGACAACCGGGAAGGUGUGAUUCUGCCUGGAGAAACUAAAACCUUUACCUUCUUCUUCAAGUCUUUGACUGCUGGGAUCUUCAGGGAAUUUUGGGAGUUUCGAACCCAUCCUACUCUAUUAGGAGGUGCUAUACUGCAGGCCAAUCUCCACGCAGUCUCCCUGACCCAGGACGUUUUCGAGGAUGAGAGGAAAGUACUGGAGAGCAAGCUGACUGCCCAUGAGGCAGUCACUGUCGUUCGCGAAGUGCUGCAGGAGCUGCUGAUGGGGGUCUUGACCCCGGAGCGCACACCAUCACCUGUGGAUGCCUAUCUCACCGAGGAAGACUUGUUCCGGCACAGGAAUCCUCAGCUGCAUUACGAGCACCAAGUGGUGCAAAGCCUGCACCAACUGUGGCGCCAGUACAUGAUCCUGCCCGCCAAGGCUGAGGAGGCCAGGCCAGGGAACAAGGAGCACGUCAGCCCCAUAGCCACAGAGAAGACCUCUGUGAAUGCCGAGCUGUUACCACGCUUUAGGAGCCCCAUCUCCGAACCUCAAGUGCCCCGGCCUGAGAACGAGGCCCUCAGGGAAUCCGGGUCCCAGAAGGCCAGAGUGGGGACCAAGAGUUCUCGGCGGAAGAGCAUCAUGGAGGAGAUCCUGGUGGAGGAAAGCCCAGAUGUGGACAGCACCAAGAGCCCCUGGGAGCCGGAUGGCCUUCCCCUGCUGGAGUGGAACCUCUGCUUGGAGGACUUCAGAAAGGCAGUGAUGGUGCUCCCUGAUGAGAACCAGAGAGAGGAUGCGUUGAUGAGGCUCAACAAAGCAGCCCUGGAGCUGUGCCAGAAGCCAAGGCCAUUGCAGUCCAACCUCCUGCACCAGAUGUGUUUGCAGCUGUGGCGAGAUGUGAUUGACAGCCUGGUAGGCCAUUCCAUGUGGCUGAGGUCUCUGCUGGGCCUGCCUGAGAAGGAGACCAUCUAUUUGAAUGUGCCUGAAGAGCAAGAUCAAAAAUCACCUCCUAUCAUGGAAGUGAAGGUACCUGCGGGGAAAGCUGGGAAGGAGGAGCGGAAAGGAGCAGCCCAGGAAAAGAAGCAACUGGGGAUCAAAGACAAAGAAGACAAGAAAGGAGCCAAGCUGCUCGGGAAAGAGCAGGACCGUCCCAACAGCAAGAAGCACAAGGCAAAGGAUGACAAGAAAGUCAUAAAAUCUGCAAGUCGGGACAGGUUUUCCUUGGAAGACCCUACCCCUGACAUCAUCCUCCCUUCCCAAGAACCCAUAGACCCCCUGGUCAUGGAGAAAUACACCCAGAGGCUGCACAGUGAGGUGAAGGGAAGCGCCCAGCAGCCUUUCCCCUGCCUCCCACCUGCCUCAUUCAUUCCAUUCAGUCCGCAAACAAUAAGUGCCCACUCCAUCAUGGUGGAAGCAGAGCUGCUUCAGGAAGGGCAUCCUCAUGUGUGAGACAGGCCUCAUGAAUAAGGAAUGCACCUAGCAUGUUAGGUGAUGAGCACGAUGGGAGAGAAGAUAGACCAGGCAGGGAAUGGAGGCACAGAGGCCUCAGUGAGGUGACAACUCACAAAGAUUUGAAGGAAGGGGAAGGGUGGCCAAGUGGACGUCCAGUAAAGAGUGCUCCAGGCAUGGGGAGCAACUGCCAUAGGAGGGAGGGGCCAGAAGGGAGAGGGCGGUAGUGGGGAGCAGGUCAUAGGGGUGGGGGAUGGUUUGCAGGCUAUUGUGAAGACUUGGGAUUUUUCAGAGUGAAAUGAGAAGUCACACAAGGUUUUGAAUAGAAACGUGAUAGGGUCUCAUAGGCUUUAGAAGAUGGCUCUGGCUGCCCUUUGGAGAACAGACUCUAGGGGAACAGAGAGGAAGGAAGCCCUUCUCUUUCUUACUCCCCGUUAGGUGCAUCCCGGCAGAUGCGUUCCUUGGGAGAAUACCAUGCAGGGUGCAUUCCCAUCAACUGUAAGAGUUUUGAAGGACUAGAGAGACUUCAUCCUAAUCCGUUCUCAAGUAGCAGGUCCUUAGAAAUUCACCCAGGUUUUCCGUUUUGUUUGUUACUGUUGUUGUUUGUUUUGGAGGGGAGGUCCACAAAGCCAUUUUCAAUAUGUCAGUGUGUCUAAUGGCGACGCCUUGUCUUCCUCUUAUGUGGAUAGCUGGGGAGCUGGGAUUACAUCAUGUAUUGUGGUCACACUCUGGAUCUCAUUUGAUCAAAAGUUCCAUUUGCCACUGGUGACAUCACUAAGAUAUCGGAUGGUUGAUGGGGUCUAGAAAGUAAUUAAAGGGCUCUGAGGACCCAUGGGGGUCGACCCUUCCAUGGCUCUUUGAUAUUAAGAAUCAACUUGCAGACCAGGUGCGGUGGCUCGUGCCUGUAAUCCCAGCACUUUGGGAGGCCAAGGUGGGCAGAUUGCCUGAGCUCAGGAGUUCAAGACCAGCCUGGGCAACACGGUGAGAUCCCGUUUCUACUAAAAAUUCAAAAAAUUAGCUAGGCAUGGUGACACUCACCUGUAGUCCCAGCUACUUGGGUGGCUGAGGCACAAUAAUCGCUUGAACCCGGGAAGUGGAGGUUGCAGUGGGCCGAGAUCACGCCAUUUCACUCCAGCUUGGGUGACAAGAGUGAGACUCUUAUCCUCUUAUCUCCAAAAAAAAAAAAAAAAAAGAGAGAGAAUCAACUUGCUGGCCAGGCACCAGUGGCUCACACCUAUAAUCCUAGCACUUUGGGAGGCUGAGGCAGGUGGAUUGCUUGAGCCCAGGAGUUCGACAUCAGCCUAGACAACACAGGGAGACCCCAUCUCUACAGAAAAAAAAAAAAAAAAAAGAAUCAACUUGUCUGGGCUUGUAUGAUCCAACCCCAUUGGAGGGGUCAGUCCCAGAGACCUUUCAGUCUGUGGAUCUGUUAUGAUACAGGAAGGAAAAUUGGCCUCCAGGAGGCCAGAGUAGAACUGGGGCUGAGCCCAGGCCCACCCCAAACGGCUAAAUGGGCACCGCUCCACGGGCUCCCUAGAGUUGCCCCUUUAACAACUUAGCUCUAGUGCCUCCAUAUGUCAAAGGUACCAGCGCACGGCCACCUCCCCAGACUGGUUUGAAAAAUAAAACUGCAAAAGCAGGUGGAUUGCUUGAGCCCAGAAGUUCGAGACUAGCCUGGGCAAUGUGGCGAAACCCCAUCUCUACAAAAAAUAGAAAAAAGUAGCCAGGUGUGGUGGUGCACGCCUGUAGUCCCAGCUACUUGGGAGGCUGAGAUGGGAGAAUCACCUGAGCCAGGGAAGUCAAGGCUGCAGUGAGCCAUGAUCACACCACUGGACUCCAGCCUGGGUGACAGAGUGAGAUCCUGUCAAAAAAAAAAAAAAAAAAAAAAAUCUGCAAAAUCAAAAAUUAUUUCACAAGAACUUUGAACUUGUGAAAUUCUUUCACAAACAACUGGUUUCUUUCCCCUCUCCAGCUAUUCUCUCACAGCACAGUUGAUAUAUAGGUGCUUCCCACAGCGUAAACCCUGCCUGUGAUGUUGUCCCGUUCUUCCAGGUCCGGGGGCUGCUGGACACCCUGGUGACCGACCUGAUGGUCCUGGCUGAUGAGCUCAGCCCCAUAAAGAAUGUCGAGGAGGCUUUGCGCCUCUGCAGGUGACUCUCGGGCCCAAGCAACCUUCUGGAAAACAGGUUAAUAAAUAAAUCAACAAAGAACCUUCAAGUUUCUAC